AUGGAGCAUGAGGAGGAUGCCACUGGGAAAGAAGAUUUUAUUUUUGAAGAAGAAGAACAAGCUGUUGAGAAUCCUGAGCUAGAUGAUCCACAAGAACCUGUACAACUGAGGAGAUCUGACAGACCAGGAAGAUCCACAACAAAUUCAAAUUAUGUGUAUUUACAAGAAGCAGAUUUUGACAUUGGAGAUGAGGCUGGUCCAACAAGUUUUAGAGAAGCAAUGGAAAGUCAGAAUGUAGACAAAUGGAGGAAAGCGAUGUUGAAUGAACUUGAGAGCAUGAAGAAUAAUCAAGUAUAG